UAAUCCAUUUCCCCAAACCCCACACCAAAAAGCCUCUCAAACAUGGCCAAACCCAUUCUCUUUCCCCUUCUUUUCAUUACGACUGCCGUUUUUCUGGGUUUUUUUAUUUCGUCGGCGGAAUCUCGUCCGCCAUUUGCAUGCGAUCCUAGGAAUGGGUUGACGAGGAGUUUGAAGUUUUGCAGGGCGAAUUUGCCGAUUCACGUGAGGGCUAGGGACUUGAUUGGGAGGUUGACGUUGGCGGAGAAGAUCCGGCUGUUGGUUAACAAUGCGGCGGCAGUGCCGAGGCUGGGGAUUCAAGGGUACGAGUGGUGGUCGGAGGCUCUUCACGGCGUUUCCAAUGUUGGUCCGGGAACAAAGUUCGGCGGCGCUUUCCCUGGUGCCACCAGCUUCCCUCAAGUCAUCACCUCCGCUGCUUCUUUCAAUGAAUCACUAUGGGAGCAAAUCGGACGGGUGGUGUCAGAUGAAGCAAGAGCAAUGUACAAUGGAGGAAUGGCAGGUUUGACAUACUGGAGCCCCAAUGUUAACAUAUUCCGAGACCCACGGUGGGGCCGAGGCCAAGAGACUCCUGGUGAAGACCCUGUUUUAGCCGGCAAAUACGCCGCCAACUACGUCCGUGGCCUCCAGAGUCCGACGGGGAUCCGCCUUAAGGUCGCUGCCUGCUGCAAACAUUACACCGCAUAUGAUCUUGAUAAUUGGAAUGGUGUGGACCGAUACCAUUUCAAUGCCAGGGUUAGCAAGCAAGACCUGGCUGAUACAUAUGAUGUGCCAUUCAAGUCUUGUGUGGUGGAAGGGAAAGUUGCAAGUGUAAUGUGUUCUUACAAUCAAGUUAAUGGCAAGCCCACUUGUGCUGACCCUGAUCUACUCAAGGGUACAAUCCGAGGUCAAUGGGGCCUUAGUGGGUAUAUUGUAUCAGAUUGUGAUUCAGUUGGGGUAAUGUAUGAUACUCAACAUUUCACAUCUACUCCAGAAGAGUCUGCUGCAGCUGCCAUUAAAGCAGGUUUGGAUUUGGAUUGUGGACCAUUUUUGGCAAUCCACACAGACCUGGCAGUGAGGAGGGGGCUGUUAGCUGAGGCUGAUGUUGACUUGGCUCUAGCCAACACCAUAACAAUCCAAAUGAGACUUGGCAUGUUUGAUGGCGAGCCAUCAGCCCAACCAUAUGGGAACUUAGGCCCAAGAGACGUGUGCACUCCGGCUCAUCAACAACUUGCUCUCGAGGCUGCCAGACAAGGCAUAGUUUUGCUAAAGAAUUCUGGUUCUCUGCCAUUGUCCACUGCACGCCACCGCACUGUUGCUGUUAUUGGCCCCAACUCUGAUGUCACUGUAACAAUGAUAGGAAAUUAUGCAGGAGUGGCAUGUGGUUACACGAGUCCAUUGCAAGGUAUUUCAAGAUAUGCAAGGACCAUUCAUCAGGCAGGGUGUUCAGAUGUUGCUUGCGACACAAACAAUCUGUUUGGAGCAGCGGAGAUUGCAGCCCACGAGGCAGAUGCAACCGUACUCGUAAUGGGGCUCGACCAAUCGAUAGAAGCAGAAUUCAGGGACAGGGUAGGGCUGCUCUUGCCUGGACGCCAGCAAGAGCUUGUUUCCCGAGUGGCUCGAGCUUCUAGAGGUCCAACCGUGCUGGUCUUGAUGUCAGGUGGUCCUAUCGAUGUCUCAUUCGCUAAGAAUGAUCCUCGAGUUAGUGCCAUUAUAUGGGCUGGUUAUCCAGGCCAAGCUGGAGGAACGGCAAUUGCGGAUGUUUUAUUCGGAACAACCAAUCCAGGAGGGAAGCUGCCAAUGACAUGGUAUCCUCAAGAUUAUGUAGCUAAAGUCCCAAUGACAAACAUGGGGAUAAGGCCAUCAAGAGGCUACCCUGGAAGAACCUACAGAUUCUAUAAAGGUCCAGUAGUGUUCCCUUUCGGACAUGGCUUGAGUUAUACAAGUUUUAAACACUCUUUAGCCUUAGCUCCAACUGAUCUCUCAGUACUUCUUGACACCAAUCUUUUUGCCACCAAAAACUACUCAACAUUGUCAAGCAAUGCUAUAAGGGUGAAACAUGCCAAAUGUGAUUUACUCUCCUCCCUUUUUCACAUUGACGUUGAAAACACUGGCAAUAUGGAUGGAACUCACACAUUGCUUGUGUUCUCCACGCCACCUGCCGGGCAAAAAUGGUCUCCGAACAAGCAAUUGAUAGGUUUUCAUAGGGUUCACGUCAUCGCCGGGUCUAAACAACGUGUUAAGAUCAAUAUUCAUGCCUGCAAGCACCUUAGCGUUGUCGAUGAAUUCGGUAUUCGAAGAAUUCCAAUGGGUUCACAUAGUUUACACAUUGGUGAUCUCAAGCAUUCUAUUUCUCUCCAAGCAAAUUUGGAGGGCAUCAAGGUCUAAAUGCUCAACAGAGUCAAAAGAACAAUAUAAAAAAAAGACCCAUACUAAUAACAAAGUUAAUUUUUAUUAAUCUUAAGCUUUCUAAAGAAAUCUCUCUCAAAUAAAAUGAGAAAAAAAAGAUCAGAAGUUUGGGAGAGUUUGAAAUACCACUACACUUCCAAAGGGAAGAAAGUGGUCAUAAAUUGUUAAAAGUUCUUUAGUAGUGUUUGGAUUUUAGUGAUUCUUGUAAAAUUGGUAUUGAGUCCCCAAUCUAUUUUGUUUACAAAACAAAAUUGAUUGAAAAUUUGAAACAGAUUUGGUGAAUGAAUAAUAGGAGCUUGUAUUUUUAGGUUUGGGGUUUUAUUGCUUGCUUUAAACUUUGUAAAACUUCAGAUUCAAAACUCUGAAGAGUUAUUGUUCAAAGAAAUACAUGAGAUUUUUAAGGUAAAA